CGAAUACAGCGUGUCAUCUGGAACCAAAUAGAACGUUCAAGCAUUGUUUUUGUUUUUAUUGUUGAAAGGGUCUAUACAAUCUCUCAUAUACGGUAAUAAUACAGUUUUGAAGAGACGCUCUAUGUAGAACUGCGCAGCAUAGUCUAUUGUAAUAUUGGAUUUUUUUUAACAUCCCCUCGGUUUGUGCUGGCAGCUGCGACUUCAAUGCGCGUCUUCUUGUAUUGUUUUGAUUUCUGAAGUUCCUUGACUGAUAUUUUACCUGCCCUAGCCCUAAACACGACUGAGACAGGACUUGUCUGGUCUUGUGGAUAGAGGAGAAGGCCAUGGAGGAGCAGACUGGCUCGCCUGGUGCCAACACAGAUAACAGCAGCCAGAGAAAUGGAGAAGAGAAGCCCAGACGCACAAGCUGGACCAAAGGACGGAAGCGGAAGAAGCCUGUGAAGGACAGCAAUGCGCCCAAGGCCCCGCUGACGGGCUACGUGCGCUUCAUGAAUGACCGUCGCGAGCAGCUGAGGGCGGAGAGACCCGACGUGCCCUUCCCCGAGAUCACCCGCAUGCUGGGCAAUGAGUGGAGCAAGCUUCCGCCGGACGAGAAGCAACGUUAUCUUGACGAAGCGGAGAAGGAUAAGGAGCGUUACAUGCAAGAGCUGGAAAAGUACCAGAAGACGGAGGCCUACAAGCACUACACCCGGAAGGUGCAGGAGAAACAGAAGGGCAAGAGGCACAGGGGAGAUGUUGGCCGCCAGGUAGCCAGUGAGUCUCUUCACGAGAAAGACGCUGAAGGGAAGGACAGGUCUGUGUUUGAUAUCCCCAUCUUCACAGAGGAGUUUCUCAACCACAGCAAAUCGCGCGAGGCGGAGAUGCGGCAGCUGCGUAAGACCAACAUGGAGUACGAGGAGCGCAACGCGGCGCUGCAGAAGCACGUGGAGAGCAUGCGCAGCGCCGUGGAGCGCCUGGAGGGCGACCUGAUGCAAGAGCGUGGACGCAACGGCAUGCUGCAGCAGCACCUGGAGACGCUGAGGCAGGCGCUCACUGGCAGCUUCUCCCAGUACCCUCUGCCAGGCAGUGGAGAGAUGCCCACAGUGGACUCCAUCGACACCUACAUGAAAAAGCUGCACAGCCUCAUUCUGACCAACCCCCAGGAGCACGAGAGCCUGAUCAACACCGUCAGAGAGGUGGUGAACCGCCUGGAGAGCUGUGGAGAGGUGAUCCUCAGGCUGAGCGUCCAUGGGUCCUCAUCCGACUCAUCCGCUCAGACGCCGCCACCACCACCACUACCGCCAAGAGGUCCAUUUGUAGUCCUGUGAGGAAGACACUGCCCAUUUUCUGUCAAUUUUUAAGUAUCUCAUGCCACAUGUGGAACCGUGACUGUACUCCUACAAUACUCCUCUUUGCCAUGACAAGAGACAGGAAGAAUGCCAAUGCCCAUGUCUACUUUGGUGGGUUUUUGUCAAAGGUACAAAUGAGCAGCUGAUGGGAGGAGUUUGUUCUCAUUUUAUCUGUCUAAAACCAUGCACACAUUGUUGACUAAAUGUUUGCUAAUACAUGGUUUUGACAUUUUUAAUGUCAAGGUCAGUUAGAAAGAAUGUUUUUUUAAAUGUGUCACAUAUUCUGGUUCUGAAAUUAUUUUGUAGCUUGCCGUCACAGAAAAGCUUAAGUGUGACAAAAUGUUUUGUCUAAUAAAGUGCAUUUACAGAAAUGA